AUGGAUCUUGUUGUGUAUCUCGAGAACGCAUUAGAAAACACGGAAAAGACAUUGCAAGUGGCCAGUCUUAGCAAAGAAGUGGAAGAUAGAUUCAAAGAUUAUAGGGAUUUGAUUUUUUACCAGCGAAAUAUUGACUCUCAGGUAGAGGAGAAAGAAAAAAGGAUCUUUAUGGAGUUAGAAAUAUGUAAGGUACUUCGAAAGUUCCAUGAAUGGAUAUUAGAACAGAGCUUUGGGUAUAUAGAAGCUGUUUAUGCAAAGAAAAAGGGUAUUUUAGAGUCCGAAGUUGGAAAACCUAUCAAGAACAUAGAGGAAGAGCACUAUAAAAAAGGAGUCUCUGCAUUACUCUCUUGUCUUUAUAACAAUACAGACAUGGCGGCUAAGCUGCUGAGCUUCCAACGGUCCCGUAAAUAUAGUGAUCAUACCAAAAAUGUGGAGAGAAAAGUGGGAUGUUCUAUCAAUAGACUUGGAUUGAAUAUCCUGAAGGGAGCUGAAAGGGGAGUUGAGUUCCAUAGCAAAGUUAUGAGGGAAAGAGAAGAUGUAAUGCUGAAAUACGAAGAUUUGAAAAUUAAGAACUUGCUGGGAUUGCUGAAACAAAGGUUUAUCGAGCAUGAGGAAGCCAUAAAAGAAGAAGCUAUCAGCAAAAUACUGCUUGUGUUAAGCCAGGGCUCAGUAGAAAACGAUAUUAGAUUUGUAAAGCUCAUUGAUGAGACCUUGGAAAGAACCGAAAUCUAUGAGUCUCCAGAAAUUGCAAGAAUGAGCGUUCAGUUUGUUAUAGCCAAGAAGUAUGUAGAAGAUAUGAUCAGCCUGAAGGAGCAGCCUUUUUUCCAGAGAUAUCUUGAGCAGAAUGGAAGGAAGUAUGAGAUAAGAUAA